AUGGUGCCAGCUCUCUCCCCGUCAUCUAUGUAUAUCGCUGCCCAGCGUCGCAUGCUUAACAACCGUCAAGAGCGCUGGAAAACCCUAAGAUGGAAGGGAAGACACAACAUACCCAUCUCCGUCGCUGGGCCGAUAUACGAGCUAGUUGAUGGGAUUUACGCCAGCGGCCAUGGACGGGUCGAUGAUCGUCGCGUGGCUGGCUCAAUAACCUUUCACAGGCUCCCGACCGUGAAUGGUGACAAUGGCGACGAGACUAAGGUCAGCUCGUGGACGUUGUCCGGAUUCGACAUGGAUAUCAUCGAUUUCAGUAUGGAUCCUGCUCAGGAUCUACUUGUUUUCAUCGCCCCUGCUCCUAAUGGGUCGAAGUAUACGUAUCAGGUUUACCUCCGUACUCUAUCUACCAAUGAACCUCACCCAAAGGCUGGGUCCCCAGUCCUCGAUUGUCGACGCGCCAGCGGAUCUCAACCGGGAGACAUGUGGUGCUCCUUCCGGAUCCUCAUCCUCGACAACCUUCUUGCGGUCCUCAUCAAAGAUGUGUUCCAUACUUCGGCAGCGUUCGUUGCAAUUUGGAACUGGCAGGCUAGAUCGAAAGCCAAGUGCCAGAUGGCCCUGACGAUGGGCGUGGACGACUUCUGUUUCCUGUCCCGCACGGAGUUCAUGGUCGUCAUACCGAGGGGCUUCUUCGAUGUCUACACAUUCACAGAUCCGGCCGUUAAGAAGGGCUUUCCUACCUUUUUACGUCGGUUCGGACUGCCACUAUUGAAAGAGGGGUUCCAUUACUGGUAUAUCUCUGCCACAGCGAACCCAACGCCUGGCACACACUUCGGCAAAGCGUCGUCAUCUCCCUCCGCAUCGACCCCACUGCCGUUCUAUCCACGCCCAGACGACGGCCUCAUCGCAUGCUCGCUCGGGACCUUGAACCCGUCCGCCCACGGCGCGGUCGGCUGCUUCGUGUUCUUCAUGCGCAUCCGCACCCUGCUCGACUCCGCGCUCGUCUCGCGCGUGACGGCGCUCGUGCCCUGGGAGAGCUGGGGCCCGCCGGCGACGCGCUGGUUUGGAGACAUGCUCAGCAGCGACUGGCAGCACGCGGUGCACGGAUUCCGAACGGUUGAGCGUGUGCUCGACGAUAGGGUCGUAAGCCAUGGCUUUUUGGACCUUGAGCCGGCUGCGACGACCGAGAUCGUGGAAGUCAGCGCAGAGGAGGAGGUCGAGGAGCUUCAGGACGAGGGGUGGAUGGGAGGGAAUCGGUCGGAAAUGAGGAAGAUCAAGGUGAAGGACUUCAAUCCGUAUGCCAUCGCGAGGGAGGCGACGUGUCGCGUAGAUCAGGAUGCGGAAGGGGGGGAUACUACCAAGGCGGAGGACGGAAAGAGUCAGCCUAGGAUAAGGCUCGUGACGGGCCCGGCGAUCGUUAGGGCGGGCGUGACGUUCCAGCAGGACGUAGUGUCCCGUCUCCCAUACCGUGAAAUCGUGACAGAGGAAACAAUGGAGGUAUCUGAUGUUAUGUUAGAUGACAACAGAAUCUUGUGUUUGAAGAGGAAUCCCAAUGGGCAGCUGCAUUCCUUGGACGUUCUCACAUUUUGA